AUUAUAAAUUUGGAAAAAUAAUGUUUAAAUGUCAAAACAAAUGAACAUAAGUGAGUAGUUUUACCUUGUAUGCUUCGUUAAUCCCGACGAUGUACUUAGAGGUAUAAGAACUUACAUACUCCCUUUUCAUGUUGAAAUGGACUAUUUGAUUUUGUUGGUAAUAACCUAUAUGGUCCUGAUGCUCGCUUCAUCUCAGAUUCCUCCUGGAUCACCAGUCAUCGACGGACCUCAAGUCAUAGUUCUUAAUUCACAGAUAACAUUAACUUGCACGUCUCCCAGAGGUGAUCCCCCACCGUCAGUGAAAUGGUUCUUCGACGACUCGGAAAUAACAACUGGCAUUUCUACAACUACUGCUGGUACAGCAGUGACAACAUCUCUAACGUUUACUGCUACCAAAAAUUAUCAUUUAGAGUUUUUAGAGUGUCAGGCUGAAAAUGGUGUUCUACAAAACCCACUUUCUAAUACUAAAUAUAUUGAGGUACACUUUUCACCAGUAUCAGCAACGUUGACUGGACCAUCCACUUUGACACCAGGACAACAAGGCAUAUGGACAUGUAUUUCUGCUAAUGGUUAUCCAGCUGGUGUAAUGACCAUGAAAAAUCAAAAUAAUAAUACUCAGUUUACUACUGAGUUUACAUCUUCCAGUGUAUUAGAUCAAAAAUCCUUUGAUGUUACUGGUACCCUUACCUGGAGCCCCGUAAUUGUUAACAAUGGAGAUACCAUUUGCUGUGAUGUAACACAUACAACUACACUAGGAAGUACUCCACAGACAGUCUGCAGACAAAUUACUGUCUCUUACGCUCCGAGUGUCAGUUUGAUCCAUAAUGCAAUGAAUGUAGACUUCGGAAAUAAUGUGACCAUUGGGUGUGUUAUCUCAGCUAAUCCAUCUCACACUUCUGUUUAUUGGAAGAAGAUUUAUGGAGUACAAGCGAUAACUAUUGACAUGACAAACAUAAACAAAUAUGGUGGUGGAACAUUGGCGUCACCAUCACUUUAUAUAAUCAGCGCUGAUACAAGUGAUGCUGCUGAUUAUAUCUGUUUUGCUACCAACUCUUUUGGAACUGGUCAAAGUAGUCAAGGAACUCUAACUGUUCAAGGAAACGCUCCGAGUGUCAGUUUGAUCCUUAAUGCAAUGAAUGUAGACUUCGGAAAUAAUGUGACCAUUUUGUGUGUUAUCUCAGCUAAUCCAUCUCACACUUCUGUUUAUUGGAAGAAGAUUUCGGGAGUACAAGCGAUAACUAUUGACAUGACAAACAUAAACAAAUAUGGUGGUGGAACAUUGGCGUCACCAUCACUUUAUAUAAUCAGCGCUGAUACAAGUGAUGCUGCUGAUUAUAUCUGUUUUGCUACCAACUCUUUUGGAACUGGUCAAAGUAGUCAAGGAACUCUAACUGUUCAAGGAAACGCUCCGAGUGUCAGUUUGAUCCUUAAUGCAAUGAAUGUAGACUUCGGAAAUAAUGUGACCAUUGGGUGUGUUAUCUCAGCUAAUCCAUCUCACACUUCUGUUUAUUGGAAGAAGAUUUCGGGAGUACAAGCGAUAACUAUUGACAUGACAAACAUAAACAAAUAUGGUGGUGGAACAGUGGCGUCACCAUCACUUUAUAUAAUCAGCGCUGAUACAAGUGAUGCUGCUGAUUAUAUCUGUUUUGCUACCAACUCUUUUGGAACUGGUCAAAGUAGUCAAGGAACUCUAACUGUUCAAGGUAACGCUCCGAGUGUCAGUUUGAUCCAUAAUGCAAUGAAUGUAGACUUCGGAAAUAAUGUGACCAUUGGGUGUGUUAUCUCAGCUAAUCCAUCUCACACUUCUGUUUAUUGGAAGAAGAUUUCGGGAGUACAAGCGAUAACUAUUGACAUGACAAACAUAAACAAAUAUGGUGGUGGAACAGUGGCGUCACCAUCACUUUAUAUAAUCAGCGCUGAUACAAGUGAUGCUGCUGAUUAUAUCUGUUUUGCUACCAACUCUUUUGGAACUGGUCAAAGUAGUCAAGGAACUCUAACUGUUCAAGGAAACGCUCCGAGUGUCAGUUUGAUCCAUAAUGCAAUGAAUGUAGACUUCGGAAAUAAUGUGACCAUUGGGUGUGUUAUCUCAGCUAAUCCAUCUCACACUUCUGUUUAUUGGAAGAAGAUUUCGGGAGUACAAGCGAUAACUAUUGACAUGACAAACAUAAACAAAUAUGGUGGUGGAACAGUGGCGUCACCAUCACUUUAUAUAAUCAGCGCUGAUACAAGUGAUGCUGCUGAUUAUAUCUGUUUUGCUACCAACUCUUUUGGAACUGGUCAAAGUAGUCAAGGAACUCUAACUGUUCAAGGAAACGCUCCGAGUGUCAGUUUGAUCCAUAGUGCAAUGAAUGUAGACUUCGGAAAUAAUGUGACCAUUGGGUGUGUUAUCUCAGCUAAUCCAUCUCACACUUCUGUUUAUUGGAAGAAGAUUUCGGGAGUACAAGCGAUAACUAUUGACAUGACAAACAUAAACAAAUAUGGUGGUGGAACAGUGGCGUCACCAUCACUUUAUAUAAUCAGCGCUGAUACAAGUGAUGCUGCUGAUUAUAUCUGUUUUGCUACCAACUCUUUUGGAACUGGUCAAAGUAGUCAAGGAACUCUAACUGUUCAAGGAAACGCUCCGAGUGUCAGUUUGAUCCAUAAUGCAUUGAAUGUAGACUUCGGAAAUAAUGUGUCCAUUGGGUGUGUUAUCUCUGCUAAUCCAUCUCACACUUCUGUUUAUUGGAAGAAGAUUUCGGGAGUACAAGCGAUAACUAUUGACAUGACAAACACAAACAAAUAUGGUGGUGGAACAGUGGCGUCACCAUCACUUUAUAUAAUCAGCGCUGAUACAAGUGAUGCUGCUGAUUAUAUCUGUUUUGCUACCAACUCUUUUGGAACUGGUCAAAGUAGUCAAGGAACUCUAACUGUUCAAGGAAUAAUACCAAUUGUCACUGUAACAACAUCAGCGUACAUGGUCAAUGUUGACAGCUCUAUCACUCUAGAGUGUCAAGUUACUGCAGACCCAACUCAUAAUUCAGUAUAUUGGCAGAAAGUUAUAGGAAACAAUACAGAAACUUUAACUAUAAAUGGUGGAAAAUACAACGGAUCAUCAGUGAGCAAUCCUAAUCUUACUAUUUCAAAUACUCAGUUUAGUGACGCUGGAUCAUACUACUGUUAUGCAAGAAAUAUGUUGGGAGUGGGAUCUAGUACUCAGAUCAUAUUAGCUGUCACUGGUACAUGGAACGCUCCGAGUGUCAGUUUGAUCCAUAAUGCAAUGAAUGUAGACUUCGGAAAUAAUGUGACCAUUGGGUGUGUUAUCUCUGCUAAUCCAUCUCACACUUCUGUUUAUUGGAAGAAGAUUUCGGGAGUACAAGCGAUAACUAUUGACAUGACAAACACAAACAAAUAUGGUGGUGGAACAUUGGCGUCACCAUCACUUUAUAUAAUCAGCGCUGAUACAAGUGAUGCUGCUGAUUAUAUCUGUUUUGCUACCAACUCUUUUGGAACUGGUCAAAGUAGUCAAGGAACUCUAACUGUUCAAGGAAUAAUACCAGUUGUCACUGUAACAACAUCAGCGUACAUGGUCAAUGUUGACAGCUCUAUCACACUAGAGUGUCAAGUUACUGCAGACCCAACUCAUAGUUCAGUAUAUUGGCAGAAAGUUAUAGGAAACAAUACAGAAACUUUAACUAUAAAUGGUGGAAAAUACAACGGAUCAUCAGUGAGCAAUCCUAAUCUUACUAUUUCAAAUACUCAGUUUAGUGACGCUGGAUCAUACUACUGUUAUGCAAGAAAUAUGUUGGGAGUGGGAUCUAGUACUCAGAUCAUAUUAGCUGUCACUGGUACAUGGAUGAACUACGCAGAUACUGCGAUCACAGAAACCUCAGUAAAUAACGCUGUUCCAGAUACAACGAUGACAGCAACCACAGUAAGAAACGCCUUUCAAGAUACUACGAUGAAAGAAUGUUCAGGCAAUCAAGUUAUUGUACCUGCUGUUCUUGGAACUAUAAUUGGCUUGAUGAUGGUUACUUUUACAGCACAACUUGUAAGAGAUAAAUAUAAAAGGUAUUCUCGAUCAAUUGACAAAGUUUCGAGACGCUCUAGUGUGGUCCAUCCAACGUUGAAAGAAUCGAACGUUACACAAAUGAAUAAUCUUCCUGUUGAGCAAGAUACCAUCGAAGAGGGUUAUGCAUUUCCCAGAGAGCUUGAAAGCGGUGAAACAAAACAGUUUCAAUUGCUACCACCGAUAGAUAACCGACAAUUUACAACUGACACAUAUUUACUUGGCAGACCAAAGUUAUUACCUAUCGGAAAAGUUUCUGACCUUAAUGUGUGAUGCCUCGAUUGAACUCAAGGACCAAUAUAUUUUGGAAACUUGUGUUACAUUCUAUGUUUCGUAAUAUGUGUGUGUCUGUGUGUUGUUUCGAGUGUAUAUGUUAUUUUUCUUAUAUCAUAAAUCAAGAAUUAUAUAGGAAUAAAAUAUGUAAACAUAAUCAGAAAGGGUGACAACAUUUGUCAAAUGCUUUACAACAAUUCGUUAUUUACAAGUUAAAUACUAGUAUUCUAUAGCUGACAGUGAAUUUUUGGACUUAUCUAGUUUAAACGCAUUGAAGUUUGGCUUUAAAAUAAUUAAAUGAAGGGUAAAUCAGAAGGUAUUGACUGCAUAAUGCCAUAAAUAAAAGUGCUAGAUAUGUUCCCAGUGAAAAUAUUCUAAUCGUGGGAAGCUCUGUUCAUGUUGCUGUUUUCGGAAUUUAAACGAUUAUAAAUUGUAUAUUUACAAUAUUUCAUUUCAGGGGGUGAUUGACUGUAUAAUAUAUAUAAUAACACAACAAAGCCCGGCAUGGUUACAAUUAUGUUGUAUUGUACUUAGCUUACCUACACACCAACACAGAGAGACGUAGCUAAUUAGUUUUGUAUAUGAAAACGCUGUAACACGGUUCCAAAGUAAUUAAUAUCACUGUCCAUUAAAUAAGCAUAAUUUGAAAAGAGAAAUCAUUCCUUUUUACAUAUAUUUUUGUAUACAGUAUCUAUUGUUAUACUUUUGUAUCGUAAUCCAGGGAAGGACAGUGUAACAAAACAAUUUAAACGCAACAUUAAUUUCAAAAUGGUAUUAUCCGUUUUAUGUAGAACUCUUGCUGCUCUGCCUUUAGUUUCAUGUGUUGUGUUUCAUAUAAUGUUGUCUGUCUUUGAUGUCGUUUUUUGUUUAUCGCCAUGGCGUUGCCGUAAACUUUGAUUAAUGCGUUUCAGUAUAAUUAUACUGUUUUUCGCCUCUCUUUAUUAUUUGAAGACAAGUAAUUUGUCAAAAAUAGUGAAAAACUGAGAAAAGCAUGCUUAACAUUUUUUUUAUAAGAUAAUCAUUUCAAAUCAAAAGUUUUACAACAUUUUGUACAGUGUUUAUAAAAUGAAUAAUUAAAAAGAAUGUAUUUAUUUUAUAAAAAUGAAAUUUCGUGUUAAAACAUCAGAUUUUUGACACAAAGUGUACAUUUUACAGAUUUAGUUUCACAGUUGCUGCUAAUUAUUUUGGCAGAACGGAGUAAGUACUUGCUUUCAUCCUGUGAAGCUAGUAAUCAUUCAAUAUUUGUACAAGUGGCUUAAUUCUUUGAUAACCAACAGAUUUGCACUGGUAUAAUCUAAACAUGUGUAUAAUGUUGCAAUCGUUAUUAAAAUUUGCCCCUCCUUUAGACAAACCUUUACCGACCAAUACAUUUUGUAUCCUAUUAAUGAUGUUAUGUUUUUGCAUUUGAAAACGUGUUUGUUAUCGAAUACUAUGGAAAAUAAUUGAAAAUAUAUAGCAGAUAAGCACUGAUAUAGAUAAAAAAAAAUCCGUUUUAACUAUUCAAUCUUGAUCAAAUGUAUAUCUUCUCCUUUAAGCUGAGGUAAAUUAGGCGUUACAUGUUGUACUGAUUACUCUGUGUACGGUGUACUGAUUUUAGAUGCCUCCGGAUUUCAAAACAAGUUGUCGCCAUUGCAUCAUAAGAAGAAUAAUUGAAUGUAUAUAUGAAAAGUUUUCAUUAUCUGUUUUCAUUUUGUAGUUAGUCAGCGGUUUUAUAAUUUAUAGACAAGACAAUAUUUCAUUAAAGUAUCACCUCUUUAUUAUAUAAAGCAUACAAAUAGUCAAUAAAACAACAGCACAAAACAUACAAGAGCCACUCUAAAAAGAGUUAUGAGAGACUAUCUAAAAUGCAUAUACAAUAUUUACACUUAGAUAUCUUUAUAUCUGUUAUUCAGUCAAUUCUAUAAAAUAUAUAUUUUGCCAAAGUAAGAUAAUAACAAAUAAUAAAGAUGUUCUUAUCCCAAGCAGAAAAUCAUAGCCGUAUUGGGCACAACAUUUUGGGCCUUUAGGUCCUCAAUGCUCUUCAACUUUGUACCCUUUUUUUUGGGUUUUUGAACUUUUUUAUCAGAGCGUCACUGGUAAGUCUUGGGUGGACGAAACGCGCGUUUGGCGUGUUAAAUUGUUAACCUGGCAUGUUUUUUUAGCUAUUAUUUACGUGUUUCUCUGACCUAUAUGUUUUUCCAUAUAUAUGUAGUGUAGUCCUAUCAUGUAAUGUUGUCAUUUUAUUGUUAUAUUUAACAUUGCCAUAAAAGCGGGAGGUUUUGCAUGCCACAAAACGAGGUUCAAUCCACAAUUUUGUUUUAUCACAUUGUCCUGUAUCAAGUCAAGAAAAUGGCAAUGGUUAUAUUAAAGUUCGUUUAUA